AGCAUUCUCUUUCCCUGUGUCAGUACAGGGAUCAUUUUUUUCCUUCCUCUACUCCCUCCCUCUGCCUGCCCCUCCCUCCCUGUCUCCCUUCCCUCCCUCCCUCCCCUCUCGACUGGGUCGGUCCGCUGAGGUGCCGGAACCCCUCAGAGCUGGGACGCGCCGAACUCCCAGCAGGAGUCCGCUCUUUGGAGCCUGGUCCCUCCCUUCCCCUUCCCUGCCCCCUUCCCCCACCCCCGACGCGGGCUCCGCGCGGCAGCCAGAGGAACCCCGAGCAGCUGGCCCCAGUCCCUGAGCCGGAGGAAUGGAGAACUCCUCAGCAGCAUCGGCCUCCUCUGAGGCGGGAAGCAGCCGCUCCCAGGAAAUCGAGGAGCUGGAACGCUUCAUUGACAGCUACGUGCUGGAGUACCAGGUGCAGGGGCUGCUGACCGACAAGACAGAGGGCGACGGCGAGAGCCAGAGGACACAGUGCCAUAUCUCCCAGUGGACGGCUGACUGCAGAGAGCAGCUGGACAGGAGCUGUUCCUUCUCCAGAGGGCGAGCGCCGCCACAGCAGAAUGGCAACAAAGACAACUCCCUGGACGUACUGGGCACAGAUAUCUGGGCCGCCAAUACCUUUGAUUCCUUCAGUGGUGCCACCUGGGACCUGCAGCCUGAAAAGCUGGACUUCACCCAGUUCCACCGGAAGGUUCGCCACACACCCAAGCAGCCCAUGCCACACAUCGACAGAGAAGGGUGUGGAAAGGGGAAGCUGGAAGAUGGAGACGGCAUCAGCCUGAACGACAUUGAGAAGGUCCUCCCGACCUGGCAGGGCUACCAUCCGAUGCCCCAUGAAGUAGAGAUUGCACAUACCAAGAAGUUGUUCCGAAGGAGGAGAAACGACCGAAGACGGCAGCAAAGACCUCCAGGAGGGAACAAGCCCCAACAGCAUGGUGACCAUCAGCCAGGCAGUGCCAAACACAACAGGGACCACCAGAAAUCUUACCAGGGGGGCUCAGGGCCCCACCCCUCAGGGAGGCCCACACACCACGGCUACAGCCAAAACCGACGAUGGCAUCACGGCAACAUGAAGCACCCGCCAGGAGACAAGGGAGAAGCGGGUGGCCACCGCAACACCAAAGAGACCGUGACCGUUGAGAACCCCAAACUUGAAGACGGCCCAGGGGACACCGGACACAGUGGCCUUGAGCCCCCCUGCAGCCCCGACACUCUGACCCCCACAGCUUCCGAGAGGCCAACCCCUCAGCCACCUGUGGGGCCAGAGGCUGAGACAAAGCAUAAAGACACUGUCCUUCCUGAGCGCCUCGGGGAGCGGCCCAAAGUCACCCUGCUCCAAUCCUCCAAAGACAGGCUGAGGCGAAGGCUGAAAGAAAAGGACGAAGUGGCCGUAGAGACAAGCGGCCCUCAGCCAAGCAAGAUGGACAGGUUGAUGGAGCUCCUGAACAGCAUGAGGAAUAACAGCAGCGACGUGGACGCCAAGCUCACCUCCUUCAUGGAGGAGGCGCAGAACUCCACCAACUCUGAGGAGAUGCUGGGAGAGAUCGUGCGGACCAUCUACCAGAAGGCGGUGUCGGACCGCAGCUUCGCCUUCACGGCCGCCAAGCUCUGCGACAAGAUGGCCCUCUUCAUGGUCGAGGGGACCAAGUUCCGGAGCCUGCUCCUCAACAUGCUCCAGAAGGACUUCACUGUGCGUGAGGAGCUGCAGCAACAGGAUGUGGAGCGCUGGCUGGGCUUCAUCACCUUCCUGUGUGAGGUGUUCGGCACCAUGCGGAGCAGCAACGGCGAGCCCUUCCGAGUGCUGGUGUGCCCCAUCUACACGUGCCUCAGGGAGCUCCUGCAGUCACAGGACGUGAAGGAAGACGCAGUGCUCUGCUGCUCCAUGGAGCUACAAAGCACAGGCCGGUUACUCGAGGAGCAGCUGCCGGAGAUGAUGACGGAGCUCCUAGCCAGCGCCAGAGAUAAGAUGCUAUGCCCCUCGGAGUCCAUGCUAACCCGGUCCCUGCUCCUGGAGGUUAUCGAGCUCCACGCCAACAGCUGGAACCCUCUGACGCCCCCCAUCACGCAGUACUACAACAGGACCAUCCAGAAACUGACAGCCUGACAACCAAGGGGGCCUGGCGGGCAGCCCACGGGCAGCUGGGGCCCUGCUGCACAGGGCCAGAUGGACAGGCGAAAGGACAGGGGUGGCCCU